AUGUCGGCGGGGCUAAUCUGUUCCUGGUUUGGCGAUUUCCCAUCUCCUCCAGUCAAAUCCGGGUUCCCAUGGUGUAAUGGCAUUGCUGAAGAACGUUCAAUUGAAGUAGUAAAUCAUGCUAAAGCUCUAGAAAGAGCUCAGAAUGAGCGGUUUGGGGAUCAGAAAGCUCAAUCUUCCAAAAGAACGGAGGCUUCGUCGAGCUCUGUACCACCCAAGAGAGGUAGAGAUUCUGGGUUCCAAUACCAAGAUCUGACACUUGGAUAUAAGGAAUUGGCUUAUUUCAAUUGCAGUCAUUUCUAUGGGGGGAUGGUAUGGGAUCCUAGGCUUAUUGUAGCCCAAAUUGUUUGCCUUGAAUGCUUAUACUACCUUAUGCUUGGAGUCUUCUUGUCCUUUCUUGUUGGUACUCAUGUUUCUCGUAUGAGCUUGGUCUAUUUCUUUGACUUUGCUACUCUUACAUCCUCCACCUUUGCCGGCUGGAGUGUCAUUGCUUCGUUUCUGUUCAGCGCUGUUUCAGGAGCCGGCUACAUGAUUUAUUUGAUUGAAAGGGCAAAGAAGUGCUUAGAUUUUUCAGCCACCCUCUAUAUUAUCCAUCUUUUUAUAUGCCUUAUAUAUGGAGGUUGGCCUUCCUCUGUUACCUGGUGGGUUGUGAAUGGUACAGGAGUUGCAGUGAUGGCUUUGCUAGGUGAAUAUUUAUGCAUUAAAAGGGAACUCAGAGAGAUUCCCACUCGAUACAGAUGAAAUAUUUGACUGACAAAGAAUCAUGUGUGAAGAAAUCCCUUGCGGCAUUAAAGUUAAUGGUAUUUCUUCACUUAUUUGGAAGAGCUUAAGGAUAUAGUUCUCUAAAUAUGAAAUCUAAUCCGCAAUGAGAAAGAACUAGCUUAAGUUAAAUAAUAUAUGCUCAUUGCUUUUGGAUAUAAUACGGAAGUGCUUGUAAAGAUGGCCGAGAGCCGCCAUAGUAGCUCGGGAUUAGUGUUGGUUAAGUGAUAUGAAGCUAGAGCACAUAAGUAUGCAUUCA